AUGUCCCAAGCUAUGACUUUCUCUCUCUCGAAGACUACCAGGGUUGUGGGAGGUCAAUCUUUGGAUGUCGCUGAUCUCAAGGAAAUCAAAUUUGAAAGUCUCGUUGCAAAAGACCCAGUCGAGAUGGCGAAACUUUUGAAGGCCGCCCAGUCUCCGGGAUUUUUCUUUGUCACUUUCAACGACGACCUCUCGGGGAAAAUAUCAGGCUAUAUCCGGACUUCUUACCUGAACUGCCAUGAGUACUUCGCCAAGCCUUUUGACGAGAAGAUGAAGUCGUUAAGGGAGGGUGUGGAUCGCGGCUACAAACACAGACCAGGCGUUGAAUCAUUCGAAAUCGCUCGAGACGAAAGGGACAGCAUCACUUUACCCAUUCCCUUCGCAGAGCACGCUAGCGCGACGCACGAUCUUGCCAAUAUUUGCGACACCAUAGUCCGCACCUGUCUCCGCAGCCUUUCUGAUAGCCUUGGCCUUGAUGAAUCCUCGCACCUGGAAAAUGCUCAUCGUGGACCGAGCGACUCAGGACUAAAGUUCGUCUCUAGUCCAACCCAUGCAUACAUAGCUGAUGUACCCGACACUACGCACACCGACAGCGGUUCGGUUACCUUGCUAUGGUGUGAGAAAUGGGCCAGUCAGUUGCAGACCCAGGAUACGAAAGAGUGGUUAUGGAUCGAGCCCAAACGGGAUUGUGUCGUGGUCAAUGUCGCAAACUAUCUACAAAGUCAGACCGGCGGUCGCCUGCACUCCCCAGUCCAUCGGCUGACGCAGCCGACUGAUGGUAUAGAGGACCGAUACUUUGUGUCCUAUUUCUUGAGACCGACGCACUAG